AUGCGGAACAAGACCCCCUCUUCAGAAUUUUGGGACUACGCGGAGUGCGUCGUGGAGGCGUGGGACCUGGAUACUGGCGAGAGGCAGCGGAUUCUGCAGUACCUCACUGACGAGUGCGGGGAGGCUACACUCAAGGACAGCCCCUGCGCCGACUGGCAUCUCGACAGCGUGCUGCGCACCGAGGCGGACUGCAACGCAGUGUGA